GAAAGGCAUGUUCUACACUUGUUCUACUUAUACGUUAUCUUUACAUAUCAGUGUAAAGAAAUCAUGAUUUGUUCCUAAUUAAACCUCUCAAUUUAAAUAUCUCCCUCCUUUCCCAUCCCACACUCCCCCACCGUUUACCGUAUAGGCCAUCAAUCUCUUCUUCUUCUUCUUCUUCUUCCAUAAUGGACCCUUGUCCUUCAUCCAACACGAACACCGUGAACGGGUUCUACACGUUCGUGAGCCGGGGAAUGGAGGAGCUGGAGCGAGCCUUCUUAGCCAACAACAGCUUCAUCUCCCUCCAGUUCCUCCAGAAGGUCCUCUCCCUCCUCCGUUCCCUCCACACCCAACUCACCCUCCUCGUCCACAAGCUCCACCUCCCCCUCGGCGACAAGUGGCUCGACGAGUACAUGGACGAGACCUCCAAGCUCUGGGAGACCUCUCACCUCCUCAAAUCCGCCAUCUCCAACUUCGAACCUUUCUACUCCCAGGGCUUCAACCUUCUCUCCUCCCUCGACUCAUCCCACCCCCAGGUAGUGAGGGCUAUAUCAGGGUGCAGAAGGGAGGCUUUGGGUUUGGAGGAGCAGAACCGCGCUCUGAUGGAGACUCGGGUCCACACGCUGUGUCUGCGUCUGGACGAGAGGGUAUCCGUGGAGUCCAAGCUCAACGGCUUCAACGGCUUCAGGGGCGUUCUCUACGCAAUGAGGAACGUGAGUUCGAUGCUUUUAAUGAUCCUGCUGCACGGUUUAGUGUACUGCUGGCCGGAGACCUCGGAGUUGGUCUCGGGAGGGUACGAGGGGGGGAGGAUGUUCCUGGGAUCGGCGGCGAGGCUAAGGCAGAGGGUGGCCGCGGAGAUGCGCGGCGCCGCCGGGCCGGGGAUUUUGCUUUACGAGUUUAGGAGGGCUAGGGUGGCUGUGGAGGAGCUGAGAGGGGAAUUGGAGGAGGCGGAGGGUGGUGUUAGGGAGAGAGUGGAGAGUGUUAGGGUGUGUUUUGGGGUGCUCAGAUCUGGGGCUGAGAACAUUGUUUGCCAGCUUGAUGAUUUCUUUGAUGAGAUUGUCGAGGGGAGGAAGAAACUCUUGGAUUUUUGCAGUCAUAGGUAAAUAAAUGGUAGUAAAUAGUUUUUAGAAAGAAGAAAAAAAUGUUCUCCUUUCUUGUUUGAUCGAUUAAAGAGGGGCAUGUAGUUGAAAAAAAAAUGAAAAGCUAAAAUGUUUUUCCUUUGUUCCGUUUUUUUGUUCACUUUUUAAUUUGAGGGCAAGAAAUGAAUCAGAUGAUUUGUUUGAUUCUUGGUUAAGGUUUGGUAAUUACGGGUACACUUGAUUGAUGAGAUGGAAAUAUGAGAUCGCAAUUGCAGUCAGAAGGGAAUUACUAACUGAUAUAUUUUCUAAAGCUAAGAUGUUGAGACUUGAGAGGUUGACCUCGGUUUGAAAUUUGUGUUAAGUAAACGAAGUGGGUGUUAAAGAAACAAAAGGUUGACCCCAAAAAUGUGAAAUAGAAAAAGAGGAACUAAUCAAGGUAGAGUAGGUGAAAAAUGAAAAAUCAGUUAUUCACUUCUCAGAUGCUGAAGAAUGUUGUACCCUUUUAAUAUUUUCAAUUAUUUGAAGCGUAUAAUUUCAA